ACAGCCAGAUGGAACACCCCGAGGAUGAUUGUCGUGUUGGAGGUGAAAAUCAUGACAAACAAAAUGAUGAGGGAACUGUUGCCCGUCUUGAGGAAUUUAAGAAAUCAGUUGAAGCAAAAAUGGAUCUUCGUCUGAGUAACUUGAACCCUGAAAGACCUGAUUCUGGUUUCCUCAGGACAUUAGACUCCAGCAUUAAACGCAACACAGCAGUUAUAAAAAAACUUAAGCAGAUAAGUGAGGAGCAGCGGGAAGGUUUGAUGGAUGAGUUGCGAAUCGUCAACUUAAGCAAAUUUGUUAGUGAAGCAGUGACAGCUAUUUGUGAUGCCAGGCUUAGAACUUCAGACAUACAAGCUGCAGUUCAG